CGAGGCCCCGGAAGAGGCUGGCUCGGCUGGGCCGGCCGAGGACUGAGGGAGCCCUUCGCUUCCAAACAACGCCGCCGCCGCCGCCUUCUCCUGCCGCCUCGGCCAUGGCUCGUCGUCUCCUGCCGCCGCUGCUCCUCCGCCUCAGCAGGGACCCUCGGCCGAGUCCAGCCGCCCUCCCCGUCCGCCGCGGCGGCGGGGUGAGGCGGUGCAGCUUGGGCGCCUGCGCCUCCUACCGCCUCCGGGACGGCGUACAUCCGCUGUGGCAGAGCCCAAUUACAAUCCCGGGGGGCAGCCGGCAGUCUCCAAUCAAUAUCCAGUGGAGAGACAGCGUCUAUGACCCCCACCUUAAACCCCUUGAAAUACGCUAUGAUCCAGCCACUUGCCUCCAUAUGUGGAACAACGGAUACUCGUUCCUGGUUGAGUUUGAGGAUACCACAGACAAAUCAAUUAUUACAGGAGGUCCCUUAGAAAAUAACUACCGGCUGAAGCAGUUUCACUUUCACUGGGGGGCCAUAAAUGAAUGGGGCUCGGAGCACACGAUUGACUGUAAGGUCUUCCCAGCAGAGCUGCAUUUGGUACACUGGAAUUCUUGCAAAUAUGAAAGUUUUGAAGAAGCUUUGAUGGAAGAAAAUGGUUUGGCUGUGAUUGGAGUCUUCUUGAAGCUUGGAGCCAAUCACAGUGGGCUGCAGAAGUUAGUAGAUGCCCUGCCAUCAAUUAAACACAAGGAUGAUCUCGUUGAGUUUGAUGAAUUUGACCCGUCCUGCUUGUUGCCAUCAUGCCCUGAUUAUUGGACGUAUGCAGGAUCUCUGACCACCCCACCGCUUUCAGAGUCCGUCACCUGGAUCAUCAAGAAGAAGGCGAUAGAGGUUGAUGAUGAUCAGCUUGAGGUGUUUCGGAUGUUGCUUUUCACCCCUGCGGGAGAAGAAGAGCAAAGGAUGGUGGACAAUUUCCGUCCACUUCAGCCAAUAAUGGAUCGUACCGUCCGUUCCUCUUUCCUAAUCCAGCACCGACGGAACAUUGAAACAAGAUCAGAUGAACAGAUACAUCAUUCCCAGCAGGAAACGCCCCAGGCAGGGCACUUGCGCCUUUAAGGAGAGGGGGAAAAACAUAUACAAUGUUUAUUAGCACUUUAUAUGUUUAGAAUAUAUCUUGAUGCAAGGUCACUUACUUUAAAGGGUUUUGGGUUUGUUUUGGGGUCCUUUCCUCUUCUAAUGAGCUGCUUUUUCUGUCGCGCAAUAACCUGCUUUAACAUAAACCCCUCCCACAAAUAGCCAUUCAGCGUAUGCAUCAAGUAGAAUUCCAAGUUUUGUCAUCAAGACUUCUCUAUUGCAAUAUAUAUAUAUUUGCAGAUUCUCAGUUUCAUAAUCUGUAUGGUGGCAAAAGAUGUCCCCAAGAGGACACAUUCAAGGAAAGACAUAACUAAAGCAUAGCUCUAGGAAAUGGAGAGUUUGCACGAGUAGAUGACUUUUUUUAUGAAUGGACUUGUGCUUAUAUUGGUACACACGGUCCAAUUCUGUCUACCUCUGAGCUUUUAACUUUAUAACAGUUAUCUAAUUUUUCACUGUA